AUGCUUGACCGCGUCAAGUGCCUCACACCACACAAGGUGGCUCUUCUUGGCCUUGUGCAGUACUAUGUGGAGAACACAGGAUCCAGCGACCUUGCCCUGUUCCUUGUCCGUGAGCUGGAGUCGGAUGAGGUCAAUGAGGAUCAUGGGCUGGCCUAUCUUUAUCGGCGGAUCCAGGUUGUCAAUCGUGGCUCGAUGCUAUGCGAUCGACUGCUAACGCUGCUGAUGACGCUAUCCGAAUCGCCGGACGCGCUGCUGGACACGUUUGCGGCGCUGGGUGAGAUGCUCAAGGCCGACGGGCACUACUCGGUGGCAGACGGCCGGCUCAAGCUUGACUCGGUCAUGGGCUUGUUUGUCCGCCGACAGCUGUUAACCUUUAACAAGCUCUCGUUUGACGGCAUGACCCGGCUGUGGCGGGCCAUUGUGGCUUACAAGGACUCGCACAUCGAGUUUCUCAACUCGGUUCUUCGCAACGACGAGCCCGAGCGCGCGGCUGAUCCGCUGCUGCCGGACGACGCCCGAACCCAGUCGCAGGCGGCGUUUCUAGAGGCGCUCGAGUGCAACGAGUACCCAGGCGCACUUGAGGCUGCUCACCGGUACUUUGACUAUGCCAUCCACGCGGCGGCAUGCGAGGCGGGAGGCGGGCGCCGGGCGGGGAGGGGCGCGAGGCUGACGGUGCGCCCGCUAGCAGUACCCGGUGUGCUCACGCCGUCACCACUCGCGAGUAACUUGCUGCCGUACGCGGUGCUCAAUUUGGCAGCGGUCCACGUCCGCUUCGGCCACGGCGAUCUCGCGCGGCUGGCGCUGCUGGAGACAGUGCAGAUUGCGCAGGAGGCCCACGAUGCGCGGUGUCUUGUCGAGGCGCUGAUGUGGCUGCAACAGCUUGCGCCGUCGGCAAGCGAGCAGGCGACGCUGCUGCAACGUGCACUCGUCCGCGGAGCCUCGCUCUCGCUGCCUGAGCUCAAUGCCGUGGCAGCGGUGGCGCUGGCACAGCACGCUGCAUCCGUGCCGCAGCGGCCGACGGCAGUGCUGCUCUCGGACGCGGCGCAGCGGUCCGAGACGGCGCCGCUGGCGGUCGAGGCCUACCUGCGGACCGCACAGCAGGUGUGCGCCAAUGCGGGUCUCGCGCCGUUGGCCGGCCUCGUCUUGGCCACACGGUCGGCUAUGUGGCUCGAGUACGGCGCGUUGGCUCUGGCCAAGCUGGAGAUCCAGACGCAGCUCGAGCACUACACAGCGCAUGGGCGCGACACUGAUGUGGCGUCUGCGCACUGCCAGCUCGCGCUCAUCCUUGCUCUGCACGAGGGCGGCUUUCACCUCGCUUUUGAGUCGUUGUUGCGGCUGGAGACGUUGCUUGUCUCGCGCUCGGUCGACGCGCUCGUUGUGUGGUAUCGAACCGCGCUGGUGCUGGCGUACGAAGCAGCGUUGAUGCGUGGAAGCCUCACGGUGGCGCUGCGGUACGCGACAACGCUGGUGACGAUGGGCUCGCUCCCGCGGUCGCCGCGCGAGCACGUGCUCGACGCGCGGAUGCGGGUAGCGCGGGUCCAUGUGCACGCUGGGGACACGGCGGCAGCGCUGCGGGCGCUGCCGCCGCUUGAGGCCGUGGUUGGGAGCGUGGCCCACGCCGAGUACAAGCUGGUCGAGGGCGAGGUCCAUGCCGCCGCAGGCUCGCCGGUCACCGCGCUGCAGCAUCUGCUGAUGGCGCUGACGCUCGCCGAAUCUUUCCACGCCGCACCGCUGCACGCUAUGGUGGCGGUUGCCCUCGCCGGCGUCCACGUUGAGCUUGCCGACGCGCCCAAGGCAGCGUCGCUUCUGGCCUCUGUCGCGCCGCUGGUCCUCGAAGCCGCGCCGCUGUACGAGCGUGGGCGGUUCCAUCUGGUCUCGGCGCGGGCAGCGCUUGCGUUCGCCGAGCCCAAUCUGGAGCGUGCCGAGGCGGCGCUGGAAUCUGCGGUGGUGGCGCUGCGCAAGGUCGGUGCGCUGACGGAGCUAGCGCAGGCCCACUACCUGCAGGCGCGAGUGGUGCUGGCACGCGGCGGGCCUGAGGCGCGGUCGCGGGCAACCGCCGCCGCACGGUGUGUCCAAAAGUGCGAGGCUGCCAUGGCCAAGAACGAGUCGAGCAUGGCAUCGUCCAACGUGCUUGUCGACACGCCAGCCGGCCUCGAUCUUCAGCUGCAGGCCAUCCGACAGCGGUCGCGGGCGACGUUCGGCUCGCCGCUCAAGGUCGACGUCGCGUCGCGGAUCGGAGCCGGACUCGGCGCUGUAGCGCUAGUCGACGACUCGGACGAUCCGACCGCGUUUGUUGUCCGUGAGCUGCUCCUUGCCCAAGCCCAAGAGGCCGGCGAGUUUGAGUAGCGAGUUUUGAUAAAGAUGAUGAUGA